AUGCCUCCCAAAAGGAAAGCGGCUGGUGGUCUUUCAGAACGUCCUUCCAAACGGGCCACUCCGGUCCCAGAUUCCACACCGCACAGUGUCCUCAGUAGUGAUGAGUAUUCAGAUUCGGGUGCAGCGGAUGAUAGUGAAUAUGAUGGCGAUAGUCUGAAACAGGUAGUGGAGAAGUUUUCUCUUCAAUCCUUCAGCCAAAAGAAAAGGCCCGAAAUCCAACGACAGGAUCCCCAUUUUGGCUACAAAGACUUCUCGUCCUUACCUUUAAAGCCGGAUCAUGCAAACCGUCCGCUAUGGAUCGAGCCGCUGAAAGGCACCAUCACUCUGGAAAGCUUCUCGCCACUAGCAUCCCAAGCACAAGAUUUUCUUACAACGAUAGCCGAACCAUUAUCGAGACCUACGCAUUUACACGAAUAUCGAUUGACAGGAAACAGCCUUUAUGCCGCUGUGUCAGUGGGACUACUGCCUAGGGACAUAAUCAAUUUCCUUGAUCGAUUGUCAAAAACGCCAUUACCGGAAACAAUCAAAUCAUUUAUCAUCAAUUUUACAAAGUCAUAUGGAAAGAUAAAAGUCGUUUUGAAGCACAAUAGAUUUUUUGUCGAAAGUUCGGAUCCUGCAACGUUGCAGAUGCUUCUUCAAGAUGAGGUUAUUGGCCCACAGAGACUACAGAAUUCGGAGGGUAUAAUACAGCAAGCUGCUCCAAAAAUGGGAGGAUUGGUCAUCCCUGGAACCAAAGAUGCGGCUGGAGUGAAACAAACCCAAGACCAGAAGCUAGCAGCAGGAGAGACGAAUGGCCGACCGAAGGAGGACGACAUCUUAGUUGAUUUGAGGGAAGAAGACGACGACGAUGACCCAGGGCAGGUUCAUAGUUUUGAGAUUCCGAAUACCGCCGUGGAAGCGGUUAAGGCUCGAUGCCAGAGUAUGGGUUGCCCAGCACUCGAAGAAUAUGAUUUUAGAAACGAUGAAAUCAACCCUACGCUUGAUAUAGACUUGAAACCCAAUGCACAAAUCCGGAGUUACCAAGAGAAGAGUUUGAGCAAAAUGUUCGGCAACGGACGAGCCAAGAGCGGGAUAAUCGUGCUGCCUUGCGGUGCAGGAAAGACGCUUGUUGGGAUAACUGCGGCUUGUACAAUCAAGAAAGGAACGAUUAUCCUUUGUACUAGUUCGAUGUCUGUUGUCCAGUGGCGGAACGAAUUUCUCCGGUGGUCGAAUAUUGACCCCGGUGAUAUAGCCGUCUUCACCUCAGACAACAAGGAAAAAUUCAAGAGAAGUACCGGAAUCAUUGUGUCCACAUAUUCCAUGGUGUCACAAACACGCGCCCGUUCGCAUGAUGCACAGAAGAUGAUGGACUGGUUGCAGUCUCGGGAAUGGGGUUUGAUGCUUCUGGAUGAAGUCCAUGUCGUCCCCGCAUCGAUGUUCCGAAAAGUCACGUCGGCUAUUGCUACCCAGGCAAAACUUGGGCUUACAGCUACACUUCUGCGUGAGGAUGACAAGAUCAAAGAUUUAAACUUCUUGAUUGGUCCUAAACUGUACGAAGCAAACUGGAUGGAGUUGUCUGAACAGGGCCACAUUGCAAAAGUUCAGUGCGCUGAGGUUUGGUGUCCCAUGACGACGGAAUUUUACUCGGAGUAUAUGCGCGAGAAAUCUAGGAAGGCAGCUUUACUGUACAUUAUGAACCCGAGAAAGUUCCAGGCGUGUCAGUUCUUGAUCGACUACCAUGAAAAGCGUGGAGACAAAGUCAUUGUUUUCUCUGACAAUGUUUAUGCUCUGGAACGAUAUGCUCUGAAAUUAAACAAAGCCUAUAUAUAUGGUGGAACUCCUCAAAAUGAGCGCUUGCGGAUUCUGGAGAAUUUCCAGCAUAACGAACAGGUCAAUACGAUCUUCUUGUCCAAGAUUGGUGAUACCUCGCUAGAUCUCCCGGAAGCUACUUGCUUAAUUCAGAUAUCAUCGCACUAUGGAUCACGUCGUCAAGAGGCCCAGCGCCUUGGGCGUAUCCUACGAGCUAAACGCAGAAACGAUGAAGGCUUCAAUGCUUUCUUCUAUUCACUCGUGUCAAAGGACACUGACGAAAUGUUUUACUCCUCAAAACGGCAAGCUUUCUUAGUUGAUCAGGGGUACGCCUUCAAGGUGAUCACCCACUUGGAAGGGAUUGAAAAUCUGGAAGGCCUUGCAUAUGCCACCCCAGGGGAGCGUCGGGAACUAUUACAAGAAGUGAUGUUGCAGAAUGAAACAUCUGCGGCUGUAGAAGAGGUUGUGGAUGAUCUUUUCAGUGGACGUUCAGGAGGCCCGAAAUCUCGAGCUGCGACGAACAAAGCUGCGGUGAGACGCAGCGCGGCGACUUUGAGCGGACUUGCUGGCGGUGAGGAUAUGGCGUAUAUCGAACAUAAUAAGAGCAGAAAUAAGCAAUUGAAGGAGAAAGUGGGCCAUCACCCACUAUUCAAGAAGAUCGAGAGAGAUCGUUUGAAGAGGAAGCAGGCCCUGAACCAAGGUAAAAGAUAG